AUGAGCUACUACGCCUACCCCCGCCCCGUCCCCCUCCCCGUCCCCCUCCCCCUCCCCCGCCCUGCUCUGGCGCCGCCAGCCAAACUCGCCCUCGCCCCCGCCGCCCCCUUCAUCCUCGAGGUCCACUCGCAGGCGACGUUCGAGACCAAGGGGUUUGACGUGUACCCGACGACGACGGUGGCGGCGUUGAAGUCGACAGAUAUGCAGAAGCUGACGGGGCAGAGCGCGUACGCCGGUGCUGCUGGCGCGCAGCCCGACCAGUUCAUCUUGACGCGCGGCAACACGCCGCUCGAGGCACACCGCACCCUCGCGUCGUACGGUAUCGCAGGCGGCGCGCUGUACGUCGUGUGGAACUACUGUGCCUGCUAG